AUGGUUUCCUCUGCGCUGUUCCUUCUCUAUCUAUUUGCCGGUUGGGGUUCGUUCGGUUCUGAUUCGGCCUCUCCCGCUGUGGAGGAAGCCUACAAGGAUGUGGUCAGCGUCGUGUCUCCGGGACAGCAGUUUCUGACCGGGGAAUCCCUUCGCUCCCUCUUUAAUACACUGGAGAAACGUGUGCAAUGCGGCGAAGUGUCGUGUGAAAAGUGUGAUCUAACAGGUGCUGUUGACCAGCUGAUCGGCAAUCACUCCAUCCACAGAGAGAAUGAUACAGCAGAAAACGUAACCAUCAGUGUAUCUCAGUUCUCUGACCUUGCUGCCGGCAGCGUCCUGUACCUAACUUCUCCCAGCCUGGUCUGCAGCGCAGUAAGGCAGGGGAGGUGGGGAGAGGAGACCGAACACUUCCUACACAAAGUCACACAUGGGGACCACCAUGAUCACCGGCAUGAAAACCGCGGGGAACACCAUGAACAUGAUGACAUAGACAUUCAUGGAUUAGAAAUUGUACUUCAAGAGCUGCACCACCACUAUGAGCCAUCACACAAUGAGAGUUGCGCAACAGCCGAUGGCAUCAUGACAGAGGUCAACGCGUCAUCACCACACCAGAGACUGGAAGUGGGUGCAGUCUUGGGCCGCGUCCUGUAUCACGCUCUGCAAGGUCGCUGCUUCACCAGCCACUCCCUGCCUGAGGAGAGCUUCUUCCUGGACUACAUCAUGGACCGUCUGGGGUCAGAGAACUUUACUGUCAAGGAUUUGGGUACUCUCAUGAAGAGUCUGAGCUUAGGGCCUGACCACGAGCAUGACCACGAACAUGACCACGAGCAUGACCACGAGCAUGACCACGAGCAUGGGCACCCCCACCAGGAGGAUGAACAAGCUGCUCAUAAUGAGGGUGGUGCAAGACGGAGGAAGAGGAGCAGCCACAAACGUCAUGAGGGGCAUGAAGGAAACACCACCUGGGAUCAGAGCUGUUUCUCAGCUGAGGAGCUGGUCCUGAUCUAUGGUCUGGGAGACAACAGCCCUAACUCCUCUGGUCUGGGACGGUCUGACAUGGCUCGGCUCAGCCCCGCACUCGUCCAGCAGAUCCUGAGCGGAGCCUGUACACAGACCACAGAACAAGUGAAACAAGACGGGCUCACCCUGACUGAGAGAUACCUCUAUGCAACCAUCGCCAAUGCUGUGAUAACACUGAUGUCCAUGUUUGGCAUCGUGGUGCUGUUGUGUACCUCCUGUACCAAUGUGUUCCAGUUGUGUAUCCAGUUUUGCAUCAGUCUGGCUGUAGGUUCACUGACUGGAGAUGCCUUACUGCACCUGCUGCCCAUGUUUCUCGGUUUACAUGUGCAUUCAGACGGAGGCAGCAGCGUAGAUCACUCACAUCACAAUCACAACGAAGGAGUUCCGGACUACAUUUACAAGAUGUUGGUUGUGAUGGCCGGGAUUUACUACUUUUACCUGAUGGAAACCAUCUUCUCUCUGAUCACAAAUAAAAAUAAACACCACCAUCACCAACAUCAUCAUGCGGAAGAAUCAGAGCCUCACCACUGUGACCACGGGGGCGUUUUAGAGAUGUAUCACCAGGAAAGGAAACAAAAAGACAAGUCGGCAUCAAAGACAGACCUGGUCGGCUAUGAAGACGACAAGAAAUCACUUCCAGAGCAAAACGAGCGAACCAGAGAACAGCGUCUGCUGCCUUACAUGAUAACUAUCGGUGACGGGAUCCACAACUUUGCAGACGGCUUAGCGAUAGGUGCAGCUUUCUCCCUGUCAUGGAAAUCUGGUUUGGCUACAUCACUGGCUGUACUCUGCCAUGAACUACCACAUGAACUGGGUGACUUCGCCAUUUUGCUGCACAGUGGCAUGUCUGUCCGCAAAGCGUUGAUUUUAAACGUCGGCAGUGCCAUGACCUCGUUCAUCGGACUGUAUAUCGCUCUGUCUGUUGCCACUGACCUCGCAACCAAACAGUGGAUAGCUGCCAUCACUACAGGACUCUUUCUGUAUGUGGGACUGGCUGACAUGCUCCCCACCAUGGUCCAUAUCAGCAGCAAGAGACCCUGGCUGAUGUUUCUGCUGCAGAACGUCGGCCUUCUAACUGGGUGGGGGAUUCUGCUGUUGUUGUCACUUUAUGAAGAGAGGAUCAGCUUUUAAAGUAGAGACUCUGUCAAGACACAUACGCCAACACGUUGGUCUGCUCAGCCAGUGUCCCUUGUAUCUGGUAUAAUCUAUGCAGACUGUAAAACUGAUGAAUAAACAACUUGUACAGUAACAAUUGUGCACGUUAAACAUAAGCAACAAAGAUGAGACCCCUGAGACAGACCGAAAAAGCUGAAGUAGACAGACCACUUCCUGACACUCCUGGUUCCCACCUACAAAAGUGUAAAGAACCUGUCAGAUAAGGAACAAAUCCAGUCAUAGAAGUUGUUGAAAUGUGAUUCAAAUUAAAUCCCUUCAAUCCCAAAACCUCCUGACAACAGAUAUAGGUUAACUUAUCAUGCUUUUAGUGCUGUUCUCCAACAGGAAAAUUACACAGUGACCUUCCUGUCCCAUACAUUUUAAUAAAUACAGUAGGUUGCUGUAUUAUUAGGUACAACAAUAGUGGUGGGAAAAAUAUUAGAACAAAAAAUAACACUCCCCUGACAGUCUCAACAAGAACUGAAUAUGAUAAACUUUAUAAAAGGUAAGAUUUAUUACAAGACUUCUGUCUCGAUGUACAGUACAUAUCAGUGUUUUUGAAAUUAAAGCAACAUAUCAAUAAUUUUCUGGUAAAAAUUAAAAAAAGAGAAAAAGAAAAAAGUUGACUAACUUUUUUUAACAUUAUAUAACUGAUUUGGUUGUUCCUCACUUUAUGACGCAUUUUCUGGACACGCACAUGCACGCACAUCAUCUUCACUCAGUUGACUUUUUACAGACAAAGUUAAACAGUAGUAAAAGUGUCAGUUCUGAUUGUUCUUUUUUUUUGGUUUUGUUCUUUUUGCAGCACUGAUAAAUGACAGAAAUUACACUGUGUUGGUUCCCUUUGAAUUCCUCAGUGAUACUUGUAUCAUACAGCUUUGAUAAUGAUGAAAGUAAAUGUAUAAAAACUUGUUAAUAUGUUGGUACAUACUG